CACAUUUCUUUGAUCAUCAUUAGCUUUUCUUUCCAAUAUCGAUAGAUGGAGAUGAUGGCAGCUAAGACAAAGUCAUGGCUGGUUUUAUCCAUUUUUGUGUUGGCUGCAAACUGCAUGCACCAGUGUGUCCAUGGAAAACUUGCAUGUUUAUCUUUGGGGACGCUUUCUCUGAAAAUGGAAAUAACAAUAAUCGCAACACAACCGCAAAAGGCAAUUACACUCCAUAUGGCAUCGAAUACAAACAAGGCAAUAACCCAACAGGAAGAUUUACCAAUGACCGAACGGAAGCUGACUUUGUUGCUGAACGUCAAGGGUUACCGGACAUCCCACCCUAUGCGAACAUCGGUGUCUCAGACAUUCUCAAGGGUGUCAACUAUGCAUCUGCUGCAGCAGGGAUUCGUCCUGAGACAGGCUCCCAAAGAGGUGACAUUAUCAGUUUGGAAAGGCAGAUCCAAAAUCACAGAAACAUAUAUAACCGAGUUGUUAAGAAACUUGGAGGUUCAAAUAAAGCUAAGAAGUACCUUAGCAAGUGCUUGUAUUACAUGAAAAUAGGAACCAAUGAUUACUACGAUAAUUACUUCUUCCCCCAGGUUUCUUCAACAGUCCCCGACCUUACAACCGAUCGAUAUGCUGCAGAUCUUGUUAGACGCUACUCUUCAUAUAUGAAGAGACUACAUGACGAGCACGGGGCAAAAAAAUUCCUUGUCAUUAAUGUGGGUCGUAUAGGAUGCAGUCCAUAUUCGAGAGCUAGGUCUGCGACUGCGAGAGGUGGAGGUUGCGCUGAAGAGGUGAACGAUGCUACGUUACUUUUCGACAGAGAGCUUAAAUCUGAAAUGGAGCGAUUGAAUAGAAACAAGUUAUAUGCUAAAGCCAACUUCAUGUUCGUAAACACCACAACCAACAUCGACACAGAUCCCACUUCCCUUGGUUUCACUGUUGCCGAUACUCCUUGCUGCCCAACGGUGCAAAAUGCGACGUGUAUUCCGAAUGGAACACCCUGCAGCAAUAGACAUGAAUACGCGUUUUACGAUUCACUCAAUCCAACAUCAUCUCUCAACAACAUAACCGCAGCAAUAGCAGAUAAUGCUAUCAUGAUGGGCCUUUUUCCCUGAAGACUGCGGCACAUAUCCUUAAAUAAUUCACUAAGUCUUGCAUCAUUCUGUCUAAUAUGCUCUUUAUUCUUGGGUAAAAUUUGUUGAAAAAGUUACAAAAAUGAGUCAGACACACGUCUUAUUCAUUCAAUCCCACUCAUAACCUUUUAAUAAAUUUUCUUUGGACAAUUGAAACUUAGUUUGCACAUAAGAUGAAACUUAAUUUACAGGACAUCAAUUGAAGAAUCUUUUUCAUCUCCUUUUAAUCCUCCUAGUAUAUAGUAAACCAGUUCAGUGAUGUAGACCACAUGACUAUUAGAUGUAAUUUUAAUUGUAUGGUGAAUUCACAGCUUACAUAUUUAUUCAGAACUAUUUUUAUUUUGCUUUUACGUUGGAUAUGUAAUAUAUGCACUUUUAA